AUGUCCUUACUCCACACGUAUCCUCUCUCCCACCUGGCCCACCUCUGGUCAGAGGACGGUGGAUCACGCUACUCCGCAGACGACUGUCAGGUAACGCCCGUCAUCCACGUCCUGCAGUAUCCGGGCUGCGUACCGAAGCCCAUCCCAUCGUUCGCCUGCAUUGGCCGUUGUGCCAGCUACAUCCAGGUGUCCGGCAGCAAGAUCUGGCAGAUGGAGCGGUCGUGCAUGUGCUGCCAGGAGUCGGGCGAACGGGAAGCGUCCGUUUCGCUCUUCUGUCCCAAGGCGAAGAAUGGCGAGAAAAAGUUCCGCAAAGUAGGUGUUUCCGGGCGUUGGACGAUGAUGAUGAUGAUGAUAUUACGUUCGUCCGUCACACUAUUACUCGUAAUGCAUGUUCUGUGGUCCACACGCUUCCGUACGAUAAGAUACUUCGCCAUACUCCUCGCCACUUCCUUUGCAAAGCCAAAGAUCCUAAUUUGA